AUGCGGGCUGUGCGGUUGCUGGUGCUGGGGAACGGCGCGGCAGGCGCCGAGAAGCAGGCGCUGGCGCUGGGCAACAGGUUGAGGGAGAAGCUGCUGAGCGAUAGUGCGUCGUCUAGAUCUCAUGUGCGCUGUCCGCCCGUGGAGUGCGUGCGCGUGACGCUGGGAAGAUCGCGCGUCAUUCCGCCGGUGCUGCAGGUUAUCGGCGCCAGACUCACGCGGAACCCGCUGUUCGGCUACGCGGAGCAAGACGCAAGUCGCCUGUUCCCAGUGAAGAGGACUGGGCGAGAGCUGGACGUCGUCAUUGGCUGCGGACGCAGCACCGUGGCGCUCUGUGCGGUGCUGAAGCAGCUCUCGCCUACACGCACGUUCAAUGUGCAGAUCCAGCACCCGCGCGUGGCUCUCGCGUGGUUCGACGCUGUGGUCGUGCCCAAGCACGACUUUCCCGAAGGUGGAGGCGACGCUGAUAACGUGUAUCUGACGUCGGGGACAGUGCAUAACAUCACGCCAGCUAUGCUGCAGCAGCAUGGCGGUGAAUGGAGUGAAGAGCUGGACAAGCUGCAAGGCAGGCGGACGCGAGUUGUCUGGCUGCUGGGAGGUCCGUGUCGAGGGUUUUCGUUCUCGGAGCAGGAUGCGGCGAGGAUGGUUGAGGAGUUCGUAGCGGCGCUUCCUCGUGGUGAUGAUGUGGCGGUGCUCGUGACGUUCUCGCGGCGGACGCCAACGCAUGUGCAGCGGAUUAUUCGACAGGGACUGGGUGCAAGGUUGCCCGCGCCAGGACAACUGCUCGUGUGGGACGGCACGGAGCACCGGAAUCCAUACUACGCGCUGCUGUCAACGGCGUCCUGCAUUGUGACCACGCCGGAUUCCAUUUCCAUGACGACGGAAGCCAUCGCAUCGGGCAAACCGGUGCUGACGAUUAGCGUUGAGCAUAGCAAGGGCAAAUUCCAGCGCUUCCACCAGGCACUAUUCAAGUCGAACGCUACAGCGCCGUUCUCGAGCGAUGCACUUGCAACUGCCUUGCAUCGAGCUGGCAAUUCCGACAAUCGUGCGUGUGAAGCGGCGACAGCAGCGUUGGAAAAAGAGAUUUCCUGUGUCGUUGAGGGCAUCGCUGCGGAAGUUGAAGCUACGCUUGAAAACAUAGAGGAAGUCUCGUUAAAGUGA